AUGGAGGUUAAAUCUGAUCAGGAUGUCAUUGAAAUGUUUAGUUCAAAUUAUGGUACUAAGGUAUUUUUCUGGAACUUGAUCGACUUUUACCUUCAUUUGUCCAAUGUGGAUGACUACAAUGAUGUUGAUUGGACUGAGUUAGGGGAUUUUGAAUUUAGUGAAGCAGAUGCUGAUGAAGAAAAUGCUUAUAUCAUUAGUAAUGAGGAUAAUGAGGACACUUCAGAUAAUGAUGAGGGUAGCAAUGGGUCAGAUAAACCAAUUGAGGCCAAUGAUGAGGGGCUAUCAGACUAUGAAUCUGAUGAUAUAGGAGGGAAAUAUUCGACUGAUGAAGAAGAUGUGCAAGGUGUUAAUGUUGACAGAUAUAUGAGGGGAAAAAUGUUUGAAAUAAAGGAAGGGGAGAAAAUAACAUUGGAGAAGGGAAUGAUAUUUGAUGAUGUGUAUCACUUCAGGACUGUGCUCCAAGAAUUUGCAAUUGAAAGAGGUGUUAAAUUGAUUAAAAUAAAAAAUGACAAGAAAAGAGUGACUUGCAUAUGUGCUUCCUCGAUGUGUGAAUGGAGAAUUCAUGCUUCUUCAUUACCUAAUGGGGUGACAUAUAAGAUUAAGACAUUGGGCCCCGACCAUACAUGCGUUAGAGUAGAAAGGAAUACUGAAGCAACAUCAUCUUGGAUUGCUAAGAAGUUUGAAAAAACUCUUAGAUGGAAUCCUGGGAUCACUUUAGAGGCAAUGCAUGAUGAAAUGGUAGAAAAUUAUGGAUUGGAGACUACAAGGAUGCAACUGUACAGAGGAAAGAGGAAAGCCAUGGAGGCAAUUGAGGGUAAUCAUGCAGAGGCCUACACCAAACUUCCAAUGUAUGCUGCAGAAGUGUUGAGGACUAAUCCUGGUAGUUUGGUCAAAAUUGAAAGGGAAAGAAAGCCACCAUCUAAGCCAAACUUACCUCCUCCCUUACCAACAUUCAAAAGAAUUUUUCUUUCAUUUGCAGCCAUACAACAUGGCUUUAAAGAAGGUUGCAGACCUUUCAUAGCUGUGGAUGGGUGUCAUUUGAAGGGACCAUUUGGGGGCAUAUUGUUAGCUGCAGUUGGUCUUGAUGGAAAUAAUGGUCUUUAUCCUAUUGCAAUUGGUGUGGUGGAGAGUGAAUGUUCUACAAGAAUUUCAUUUAAAUACAAAGUCUACACUAUUUAUGUUGCCAUUGUGCUUGUUCUUUUCACACUUUAG